AUGAUAAGCAACCAGAAUUUGAAGCCACAGCAGCAAAGUGAAGUGUUUGUCUUAAUUGUGCUGGGCUUCAGCUUCACAGGCAUUAGUGGUCCUCUGUUACCUUGUCCAAGUAACCAUUCUUCAUUUGUGAGGCUAGACUUGGAAUGGCAUAAUCCUUUGCUGGAAGGUGCACAUGCGUGGAUAUUGGAGGUGAGGACAAAAAUCAGGUUUGACGUGCGGGGUUUUGUAAGGACUCUUGCCAUGAUCCAUUCCAUUGAGAUGGUGAACAAUUCCACUCUGUUACCUGGAGUCAAACUGGGAUACGAAAUAUAUGAUACUUGUGCAGAGGCUACAGUGGCGAUGAGAGCUGCCUUGAGGUUUCUUUCCAAUUCUUCAAGCAACUGUGUUCAAGUUCAAUGCAAUUAUACAGAUUAUUUGCCAACUGUAAAAGCUGUUGUCGGAUCAAGCUUAUCAGAAGUUAGCAUUGCAGUUGCCAGGAUACUAAGCCUGUAUCUUAUGCCCCAGAUCAGCUAUUCAUCGUCUGCUGAGAUUCUCAGUGACAAGACCCGAUUUCCUGCAUUUUUAAGAACGAUUCCCAGUGACUAUUAUCAAACCAAAGCUAUGGCUAAGCUGGUUCACAUUUCCCAGUGGAACUGGGUGGGAACUAUCUCAAGUGAUGACGAUUAUGGUCGAUCUGGCAUCGACAAUUUCAUCGCAGAUGCAGAGAACUUGGGCGUGUGCAUCGCAUUUCGAGAAGUCAUUCCGUCAUAUUCCUCUGACAAGGUAACCAACGACAGAAUAAAACGAAUAGUCAACACUGUUGUCAACCAAUCAUCCGUGAAUGUGAUAAUCGUGUUUGCAAAAGGCUCUCACGUCAUUAACCUGUUCAAGGAAUUAAGUGUGCACAAUGUCAACAAGACAUGGAUCGCUAGCGAUAGCUGGUCAACCAACAGAAAUGUUACUCAUUUGGAGACAAUCCACAAAAUUGGGAAUAUUGUCGGGUUUACAUUUAAGAGCAGGAACCUUUCCAAGUUUGAGAACUAUGUGAAAACUUUGCCAAUCAACUCUGCAGCGGGUAACACAUUUCUAGAAGAUUAUCACUGGCUACGAAGCAUUUGCGCGGACAUUCAAAACAACGAACUGGAGACUUGCAUUUCAAACCUAACUCAGAAUCCUAAGUUCAUUCGACAUUCUAAGCACAAUAAGCUCACGAACAGAAGGUCCUGGGAAGAUGACUUUCUGGUGAACAAUAUUGAACCAGGCUUUAUUUCCAGCAUACAUUGGUCAGUCAUAGCCCUUGCUCAUGCUCUCAGGAAUCUACUUAAAUGCAACGAAGAGCGCUGCCAGAAAUCAUUUGAUUUUGCACCUUGGAUGCUAUUGGAAGAACUUAAGAAAGUGAACUUUACUGACGAUGAGAAAAAAUUCCAAUUUGAUUCUUCAGGAGAGUUUAUCUCUGGAUAUGACAUUGUCAUGUGGAAAUCAGUGAAUGGCAAGAUGGAGUUUAACCAUACAGUGGCUGAAUAUAAUAUACAGGAGGAUAACUUCACAAUCAAAGAUGCCAGGUUUAAAAUAUUGAAGCAUGAGAUCCUGUAA